AUGUUGAUACUAAAACUAAACCAAGUAAUUCAUGACGCUCUUUUAACCAUUGAAAAAUCUAAUCCUGACUAUAAAGACCUGACCCAUAAAGAUACUUUUCUAAAUAAAAAUCUGGACUUUCAAAAACUUUCUACCAUUUUCCAUGACUUCGAUAAUGCUUUUGCCAAGAAAGAGAAUAAUUUACAAUUAGAUUAUUUGGGCAAUACCUAUCAAUUUUUCCUUCAACAAUUUGCUGCCAGUAGCGGUCGAACCGGCGGAGAGUUUUAUACUCCAGCUUGCGUGGUUCAAUUAUUAGUUAACCUGCUCCAACCUUUUCCCCGCCCUAAUUAUGAAAUAGUAAUUUAUGACCCGUGCUGCGGUAGCGGCGGCAUGUUCGUCCAAAGUCAAGAAUUUAUUACUAAAAAUAAAAAAAAUAAUGAGAAUGGCAAUUUGGAUGCUUAUCAGCCCCUUUGUCUGGGACAAGAAAUUGAUGAUAGCACUUGA